GACAGAGAAGCCGGAGGGAGGCGGAGGAAGAGGAGGAGAGACUGAAGCGGAAUCGAAAGCGAAAGGGGAAAAGAAAGCACCCCUUGGCUUUCGGUUUCCAGAGCCGCGCGUCUCGUUCCUGCUCUGUGGGGCAACAUGGCCGGGGAGGUGGUGUUCGCCUUCCCUGUCGUGGUCGAGGGGGACUGGGGCGCCCACUUCUCCCGGGCCUUGAAAUACAAGCUCACCGUUUACUUCCAGAGCCGCAACAAGUCCGGAGGCGGGGAGUGCCAGGUCCUCAUGGACGCCGCAGGCGCCGGGCGAGUCACGGUGCAGUUUGUCCAGGAGGAAGUCAGACAGCGUGUUCUCAGCAAGAAACCCCAUGAAAUUGAUAUGCCAGAAAGGAAGAAACUAAAGCUUACAGUCUCCCUGCCAGCAGAGGAAGCAGCUCCUGUUGAGACUCAGACCCCAAAAGUACCUGAUCGAAGACAAGACUAUGCUGGAGCUAAAGAACUCAACCGACCUGCACAACACCAGCACUUGCACCCGAAACAGGAGGCAUCAGCUGUGCAGAAGACAGAGAAGGAGCCGAAAGUUGGAGGAGUAGAUUCCAUAAUAACAGAAUCCAGCCAUAUUGGCAUUCCAGACAAACCAGAAAAUAUGACAGAGGAUCCGAUGACUCAGGAGGACUUCAGCUUGUUGGUAGUGCCGGCUUCAGAAGAGGACAUUGAGACAGACAUUAUGGAGAUGUAUUUUGAAAAUAAGAAGCGCUCCGGUGGUGGUCCCAUUAAGUGUUGCGUUAAAGAUUGCCAACAGUUUAUUGUUACCUUUGAAAACAAAGCAGAUGCUCAAGAGGUUUUGCAAAGAAACCAUAUCCUGAAGAAUAGUGUCCUUCAUGUCAGCAGGCACCAGCCAAAAAUGGUUAGCACAUACCAACCACAAAUGUCUUCAUCAUUAGUUGUGGUUGAGAAUUUGCAAGGAACUACAAUGCAAGAUACCCUAAUUCUGUUGGUAGAGAAUGUCAGUGAAUUAUCAGAAGAGGACAACGAUUUCAGUGUGGAAAUGGUACCUGAGAGGAAUGUUGCUGUAAUCUCUUUCGCCAAGCCUGUUGAAACAGACCAGUUUACUCAAGCAUUCAAUAUGAAUCAUCGUGCUAAGAGUCUAAAGGUUUCUGCACGUACUCUGGAGGUGACUAAAACUAUUUUAGUAGAAAACAUUCCCUCGGGCACCUCUAGAGACUUCAUUGUUGUCUACUUUGAAAGCAAGAAGUAUGGAGGGGGCCCAGUAUCAAUAGCCAACUACUCUCCUGAAGAGAAUUCUGCUCUGGUUACAUUUCAGGAUGCCAAAGAUGUAACUACCGUCCUGAAAAAGAAACAUUAUUUCAGCAGUGUGCCAGUUCAAGUCCAUCCAUUCUAUGAAUCUUUGGCCACAGCUUUAUAUGGGAAGGAGAGACCGCCGAUUAAGAUGCCAGACUUGAUCAAAGUAUCUCUGGAUUGCUAUCACUGGUGCUUUUUACAGCAGAAUCCAGAGUUGCUUCAGGAAAUAGCUUGUGAGAUGGCAGGCUACCAUUGUGAGAUAGAGUGGCCAGCUAAAGACUGCACCUCUCCAGAAAUAAUAGCGCAUCCUUCAUCUGCUUUGCUGAAGCAAAAACUAUCCUUGAUCAAGACCUGGAAUGAAGAUGUUUCUACACAGCUCACACAGAUCCUAUCAAAGCAGAAGGUUGUCAAGUGUGAAAUUGAUGCUCUGGUGUGGGAAGCCAUAAGGAACAGUAUAAUAACAAAAGAUGGCAUUCUGAUUUUUCCAGAUAUUACAAAUAAAAUAAUUGCUCUUGUGGGAACAGUGGAAGCUGUAGAUAUUGCAGAGAAAGACCUAAUAUCCCUCAUUGAAAGUGCUAAAAGAAAGAUGGAAAGAGAGCAGCUAACAAUAGAACAAGAGGUGUCAGUAAUUUCUGGAAAGUACAUCAUUUUAAGCAAGGCUGGACUGCAGGAGAGAAUCCAUUUGAAGUAUCCAGACCUAAAGAUUGCUUAUGAUGGUUCAAAAGAAUGUGUAAUUCUGCGUGGUGUAGCUGCAGAAGUCUUCGAAAUAAAAAGCAUUAUCUUUGAAAGUGUAGACAAAAUGCAGCGGAAGUCUGUUGAUGUUCACGCUUACGUUCUUCUUUUCUUGCAACAUGUGAGUUAUGAAGAUCUGUCCCAACUCUUAUUCUGGAAGAAGAAUAUUAAUGCCUUCUAUGAACUCAAGGGUGAGAAAGUUACACUGGUGGGAGGAACUUCCCAGGAUGUUCAACAAGCUGAGAGAGAAAUUCAGAAGGAUCUCACUUUCAAAUGUAUUGCACUUGAGGACAAAGAAGUCAUCAAAAUGAAGGAGUGGAAGGAACUGACCCAUAAUCUGUACAAGGCUUAUAAUUGUUCAGAUGAACCCAUAAUAAUUAAUGAGUUGGAGGAUCAGGUAGUCAUUGCAGGUUAUUUCAAAGCAGUGAAUGAUGCCAAUCAGAAGCUGUCUGCUUUUGUUGAUACCAACACAUACAUACAACAAACCAUCAAGACUAAGUUUGCUGUAAUCCCAAUGUAUAUAGAGCAGGAGAAGCAAAAUCAUUGGCUUAAUGUGACAAAACGAGGUGUUAAGAUCCAUUUUGGCCUACAGAAAAAUCGCAGCCUAAUUUCUCUUGAAGGACCCAGAGUAGAAGUGUUGAAGGGGCUUGAGAUCUUGAACAAACUCUUGUUGUCUCUGCAUUCUACGUAUGUAGUAAUUGAUCGGCCAGGAGCCAAAGCUUUCUUUAAGGAACAAGCGCACAUGUAUGUUACUAAUGCAAAGCAGCAUUUUAACUGUUUGAUAAGGAUUCAAGAAGGCAAAGAGUAUGAUGGAGAGGAAGGCGAGGAUGAAAAAAUCAAUAAAGAAAAGGAGCAGCAGUGUGGUGAAGUUAAACUAAGAAACGGUGUUAUAGUGACUGUUUAUAGGGGAGACCUGACACGUUUUCCAGCUGAUGUUGUGGUCAACGCUUCAAAUGAGGAGUUGAAGCACAUUGGUGGCCUUGCGGAUGCUCUCCUGAAAGCAGCUGGCAGGGAGUUACAAACUGAGUGCAAUGACUUGGUGAUGAAGCACGGAAAUGUGAAGCCUGGCCAUGCAGUGGUCACAAGUGCUUGGAACCUACCAUGUAAGCAGGUGAUUCAUGCCGUUGGGCCAAGGUGGAGCAGUUAUGAAAAAGAAAAAUGUGUCAAACUGUUGAAGAAAGCAGUGAGGGAAAGUUUACGGUUGGCUGAAGCAUAUAACCACCGCUCUAUAGCCAUCCCUGCCAUCAGUUCAGGAAUUUUUGGAUUCCCACUCAAAGAGUGUGCCCAAUCUAUUGUGACAGCAAUCAAGGAAACCAUUGAAGAGUCUACUGAAUAUGAGUCCUUGAAGAAGAUAUGCCUAGUGGAUUUUAAAGAAGAUACUGUCCAGGCAUUCUCUGAAGCCUUGAAUGAAGUGUUUGUAGAUAGAACAUCACUGUCUAAAGUAGACUCUAGACUGUCUCCUGCCUCCAGAACAAAGCCACCUCAUGCUGAGAGUAGACCAGGAUAUCAAGGGGCCAUUACUGCUGAAGGUUUGAAAAUUUUUAUACAGAAAAAGGGAAUUGAAGAGGCAACAACUGAGGUUAUUGUUAACAGUAUUUCCAGAGAUCUGCAACUUGACCAGAACCCUCUUGCCAAGGCUCUGCUGGGCAGAGCAGGAGGGGGGCUUCAGGUGGAAUUAACCCAAAAAGGCCAAGGACAAAACCUGACAGAUGGCUGUGUGCUGCAGACUGGAGGGUAUGGACUGGGAUGCUCUGUGGUGCUGCAUGCCAUUUUGCCUUACUGGAAUUCGAAGUCUGAAGAGCAGAUCUUACGAAAUAUUGUUGCAGAAUGUCUGAAAACUACCGAAAAACAGUCUCUGGGCUCUAUCGCAAUCCCAGCAAUUGGAACUGGUAAUUUAGGAUAUCCCAAGAAACUUGUUGCUAAACUGAUGUUUGAUGAAGUGUCCAAAUUCAGUCAGAAAGGAAAUCCAAAGUGGCUUCAAGAAGUUCACUUUGUGUUGCAUCCAUCUGACACUGGUACUAUCAAGGCAUUUACAGACGAAAUUACCCAAAGCAGUUUGCCAAGCUCCAAGGCACACCCAGAGAGUUCCCAGAUGCAAGGUGAAGCUUUUGUUGGGAAGGUUUCAUCAGAAUCAGGAGUUCAUACAUUGCAAAUUGGAUCAGUUACUCUGCAAGUAGAAUGUGGAGAUAUCACCCAAGAAACCACAGAUGCGAUAGUGAAUAUAACCAAUGAAUCAUUUAACCUUAAUACUGGUGUUUCCAAAGCAAUUCUGGAAGGAGGCGGACCAGCAAUGGCAGCAGAAUGUGCUCAGCUAGCUUCCCAGCCUCACAACAACCUCCUUUGCACAACAGCUGGACAGUUGAAAUGUAGAAAUGUCCUCCAUCUUGUAGCCAUGGCUGAUAUUAAAGCACAAAUCUCCAAAUCUCUCAAGGAGUGUGAACAAAGACAAUUCACCUCUGUGGCCUUCCCUGCAAUUGGAACAGGUAAAGCAGGACGGGAUCCUAAAAUGGUGGCCAAUGACAUGAUUGAUGCCAUCAUAGAUUAUGCGAGAAAUACAUCUGCCCCAGUGGUGAAAAAUAUCAAGAUAAUUAUUUUCCAGGCACAUUUACUAAAGGUGUUUCAUGAAAGCAUGAAAAGAAAUGAAGCUGAAGAUUCCAAACCUGAAGAAAAGCCUCCAGAGUCAUUUUUUAGGAAAAUAACAGGUACUGUUGCAAGUUGGUUUAGUAGUGGAAAAUCUGCUGAAGAAGUAACUCCUAAACGAACCUUGCUUCUGGAGAAAACCAUAGAGCCUGCCACUUUUCAGAUUUGUGGUGAUAGCCAGGAAAAGGUAGAAGUUGCAGCAUCUUGGCUGAAAGAUCUGAUUUUAAAGGACCAGAAUGAAAUGAAUUUUUCAGAUAGCUGUAUCAUAAACUUUGAAGAAAGCGAAUAUGAGAAACUUGGAGACCUCCAGAGGAGGCUGCAAAUUAUGAUUAAGCUAGAAUUAGGAAGCUUUCCUCCUUCCUUACGUGUUUGUGGCACAACCAGAGAUGUUUUGGCUGCUAGCACUGAAAUCCAGACAUUAAUUAGAAAUAUCAGAGAUCGCAGAGAAGAGCAGGCCAAGGCAGAUCUUUUUAUCAACUUAGUAGAAUGGCAGUAUGACGACAACGGGCAAUACAAGGCCUUUGAUUCGAUGACCAACAUGAAGAUAGAAGCUGCGGCACAGCAUCAGAAUCUGAUUAAAAUAACCAUACAGAAUAAACAUUACACAGUGGAUCCAAGUCAGCAGUGUGCAAUGGAUGCCCAAGGUGCAAUUAUUAAUCUUCGACGUGUUACAAAAGCAGAAGAAAAUCUGGCAAUGGCUCUUCCUGAAGAGUGGGAAGACAUGGGGCAAAUGCGUGUCAAAGUGGUGAACCUAAAUCCAGAAGUGAAGGAAUACGUCACGGUGAAGCAGAUAUUUUGUCAGACGUGUAAUUCAUGGACUAUCGAAAAGAUUGAAAGGAUCCAAAAUCCUUUCUACUGGCAGGCAUACCAAAUCAAAAAGCAGGAAAUGGAUGCCAAAAAUGGCCAUGCAAAUAACGAACGGAACCUUUUUCAUGGAACAGCUAGUACAUCAUUAACCCUCAUAAAUAACUCAGGAUUUAAUCGAAGUUAUGCUGGAAUGCAUGCUGCAGUGUAUGGAAAUGGAACCUAUUUCGCUGUUGAUGCCAGCUAUUCUGCCCACGAUACCUAUUCAAAACCUGAUGCAAAUGGGAGAAAAUACAUGUACUUUGCUAGAGUACUUGUUGGAGACUAUUGUGUUGGAGCUCAAGGAUUAAUUGUUCCACAGCCAAAGAACACAACAGAUCCCACAAAUCUCUAUGAUAGUAUGACUGAUAAUAUACAGAAACCAACCUUGUUUGUCACUUUCAAUGAUAUCCAAGCUUAUCCAGAGUAUCUCAUUACUUUUAAAAAAUAAACAUGUAUUUCUCCUCAAUAAUCUUUCACUAUUUUACAGAGAUAGCCAGGAAUUAUAUCAGGCACCUAUAUAUUGCUAAAUUAAUCAAAUUCCAUGUGGACCUUUCUCCUUUUACUGAAAUUCCCUUCAUUUAUCAGAAAGGAGAUCAUUGUAAUGGGAGAUUUGAUGAAAAUGAGUCCAGUAGAUAUUAGUAUGCUUUAUGAGCAAAGUUGGAGUAGAGGUAGAAGUCAUAGAUCUUCCUUAAAUAGGAACUAUAACAACAAUAAAGGGGAAGUAUAUAUGAAGGAAACAAGUAUGAGAAGAUAGUGAGGGGAAGAGCCAGUGUUGUAUAAUGAUUUGCAGCAUCGGACUGAGAUUUGGGUGAUUUAAGUCCCUGCUCUCCAUGAAACUGGAUAAAGAUGGGAUAGUAAUACAUUCUCACUUAUGUUUCUCACACAGAUUUGUUGUAGAGGUAAAGCAGAGCAUAGAAAAGCCGUGUGUGUGUGUGUGUGUGUGCGCGCUGCUUUGAAUUCUUUGGAAGAAAUAUGAAACAUAAGUAUUAAAACAGCUAUAUGUUGACCAUAAGCCAAGCUGGAAAGAAAAACUAUUAAUCAUUUUAAAAACAUCUCAGCCCAACAUGCAGUAGAAAUGUAAGCUGAAUUUGUUAGGCCUAUCCCAAGUCCCCUCUGUGCCUGUGUCCAAUUUCGUUGAUGGGGAUUUCGUAGCAAACUGCUUAGGUAACUCUGCCAUCCACAAAUCCCAGUUAGUUGCCUCUACUGAGAGGAUGCUGCUGGCAUGCUCUUGCUUUAUCUCCCCUUUCCCAUCUUGGUUGAAGCUGCCUAAUUGAUAAUCCACAGCAAGGAUGCUCUGCUAUAAGAAUCCGCAUGUCCUUACAGUCCAUUGAACCUACACCAGUGCCAUGCUUUAUUUCUUGAAUGCUUUGUACUGUAUUGUUCCUGGAAAUCUUGCCACAGUUCCCUGGAGUAGACUUAAUACUGAUAAGAGUAGUUAUGUGCUUAAUACACUGAGAAAUUAAUUCCUUUUAAUUUUUUCAGAAUAUUAACAAAGAGGAGAGAAAUGAGACAGAUGCCUUCUCUUCCUGCCUGUACAACUUUAUUAAGCUAACCAAUUGUAGAGAAUACAAGAUUCCUAAAAGUACAAAAGCUUUGUUUGUUUUGUUACUCAGAAUUUUCCAUUAUUUUGUUUUUCAAAGCACCCAACAACUAUUGUGCCUAAAAUAAAAUUAUCUUGUUCUUCA